GCGCAUCAAUUCCCCAGCAGCCUCUAAACCGCGAACAUCAUCACCCCACCAUGAGUUGGAAAGGCCUAACAAAGAGCGUCACUCGGGCGCCGCAGACGUUCAAGGCAAAGUUCAACCUCGGCGAAAUCACAAAGGACCCCAUCUACAUUGACGCCGAGCGACGCUUCCAAGAGUUGGAAAAGGAGACGAAGAAGUUGCAUGAUGAAUCCAAGAAAUACUUUGAAGCCAUAAAUGGCAUGCUCAACCACCAGAUGGAGUUUUCCAAAGCAAUCGCCGAAAUCUACAAGCCCAUCUCCGGACGAAUGUCGGACCCCGAUUCCUUCCACGACGAGGGCAAUACCGCAGGCAUAGAAGCAUGCGAGCAAUACGAGUCGGUCGUCAAGGAGCUACAGGAAACACUCAAGCCCGAACUGGAGAUGAUAGAGUCGCGGGUUAUUCGCCCGGCAGACGAACUACUAGUCAUUAUCAAGGCCGUACGGAAGAUUGCUGCGAAGCGCGACCACAAGCAACUCGACUACGAUAGGCAUCGGGCUGCAUACAAGAAGUUGGAAGAGAAAAAGGACAAGACACUCAAGGAUGAAAAGGCAAUGUACAAGGCCGAAAACGAUGUAGAACAGGCGACUCAAGAUUACAACUACUUCAACGAUCUACUGAAGGACGAGUUACCCAAGCUGUUCACUUUGGAAAGAGAGUUCAUCAAGCCGCUUUUCCAAUCCUUCUACUACAUGCAGCUGAACGUCUUCUACACGCUACACGAGCGUAUGCAACGGCUCGAUAUUGGCUACUUUGACCUAACGCUCGACAUCGAGGCCGCCUACCAGAAGAAGCGCGGAGACACGCAGGAGGAGGCAGAGAAGAUAUCCAUUGUCAAGUUCAAGACAACCGGCGGGGCCCGUGUAGCAGGCGCACGCCCAGGCCAGUCAAAGUACGCCGUAAAAGCGCUCGAAGCAAAGGGCGGCAAGACUUCAUUAUCAGAAGAAACAGAAACUCCACCACCACCAUACAGUCCAGGCCCCACUGGAGGACCGGUCGGAGAUGUCAAAUCACCCGCGCUGUCAGGAGGUUCAUGGGGCUCCGUCGCCAAAGCCAAGGGUGCUGCGCCGCCGCCACCAAAACCAAAGCCCUCGCGUCUAAGCGGUGUACCCGCACACGAAACCGUCACGGCGCUCUACGAUUACGAAGCACAAGCAGAAGGCGACUUGAGUUUCCUUACCGGCGAUGUCAUCGAGAUUAUCUCAAGAACACAAAAUGACAACGAGUGGUGGAUCGGCAAGGUUAGGGGGAAGCAAGGACAAUUCCCAGGAAACUACGUCAAGCUGAACCAAUAG